GUUGUCAUGUGCUAUUUGGCUCACUGAGGCCAAUUUCUUGUAAAUCAGCUGCCUUCAUCUGAUCCCUCCUAAAUAUAGCACAUAAGCUAAACAACAACCCCUGCAUGUGAGGAACAGAACAUCAGACCGGAAGAGGACGUCAAAGUGAAACUAAAAGUGCAAAGACAGUCAGUAUAAAUACAGCAAGAGUGUUUAUUUUACACAUAGUGGAGUCUGAGCUGAAGCUGUCACCUUUCAACAUCAGGGACCUACAGAGGAGGAAUCAGUGAAGAUGGGUUAUGGAGACAUCAUGAAGAUUGAAACUACUGGAGCAUCACUGCAAACAUCUCAGCAGGACAGACUGGGAUACUCAGAUUGAGCAGUAAUUAAAUCAGCAAUGCUAGAUUAAAUCUGGAGGGCAAUCUCUGUGACUUGAUGUCCCCAACUUCGGGGACUGUCCCUGUUUUGAGAAACUCAUCCCUGGCUCGUGCCGUCCCUGGAAAUGUGGAUUUUGAGGAAAACCUCACAAAAAAUUAGGUGUGAGGGCAUCACAUACCAUGGCACAGACUGAUGCAGGCAGAAUGGAGGAGUACAGGUCAAAAAUCAACAGAGUGGGGGCUAAACAUGGAAUCGCUCCAGCUCUCAUUGCUGCCAUCAUCUCCAGAGAGUCUCGGGCAGGAAAUGUGAUAAGAAGCACUGGAGGCAAGGGAGAUAAUGGCAAUGCCUUUGGACUUAUGCAGAUUGAUACCAAUCCAAACGGAGGUGGUCAUACUGCAAAGGGUGCAUGGGACAGUGAGGAACACCUCAGCCAAGCCACUGGCAUCCUGGUCUACUUUAUUGGACGGAUCAGUUCAAAAUUUCCUAAAUGGAACAAGGAGCAGCAGCUGAAAGGUGCUAUCGCGGCCUACAAUAUGGGGGAUGGAAAUGUCCAUUCCUAUGAAAACGUCGAUGCCAACACAACAGGCAGAGACUACUCCAAUGAUGUUGUUGCCCGAGCUCAGUGGUACCGCAACAAUCGUGAUUUUUAAUAUUUGAAGAUGCCCAUGGCAAAAUAUUCUACAAUUGAUAAAUAAACAAAUCCAAAUGUACCCUGUACAGAACACAAGCUAAAUAAAGAUACUGCUA